GGCCGAGGCAAAGCAGCGCGCCUACAGCUGUGUGUAUAGAUCAUGCAGGGGGCUGUGUCCCUGCACGAGGUGCUGGUGUAUGGAGGGGUUCUCCCUGCCCCGCGUGUGCCUGUGUCCUGGCCCUGGCUGGUCAGAUCGUGAGUGGCACCGCGUAGCUGCCAGGCUGGUCUCUGCAGUCCCGUGCGCGCCCACUCCCUGUGUUAUUCCUCUGGAGUUAGUUUCCCUAGCGCGGGGCAGCUAGCAAAGGACCAGCCCCUCAGCCGGCCAGGGAGCGCGGCUGGGCUCGGCUGACUCUGGGAUGGGCGCUGAGAGAUGAGCGAGCGGGGUCUGCCAUCCCCGCAGCGGACAGCUCUCCAAGCCCCGGGGGGUGGGAGUGGGGGGCGCUUCCCCACAUCCUGCUGUCAGUUCACUGAGGGGAAGUUGCCAACCUGCGAUGACAACCAGGAGAGAGGAAGCGGCAGGGACCAGGCUCCUGGGAAGAAGUUAGCUGUUUACAACAAGAUGCAAGAGUCCCUGGAGGUGACCCUUCCCAGCAAACAAGAGGAGGAUGAGAAAGACCAGCCCACUGAGAUGGAAUACCUUAACUCUCGCUGUGUCCUUUUCACUUACUUCCAGGGAGACAUUGGGUCAGUAGUGGACGAACACUUCUCAAGAGCUUUGAGCCAAGCCAGCAGCUUCAACCCAGAAACUGCCCUUUCAAAAAGCAAGCCAGGGCUAAGCCCUCUGUGGAGAGAGAGCUCAACAAUUUCAAGCCAACGGAGCAGUUUCCCAGCUUCAUUUUGGACCAGCUCUUAUCAACCUCCACCUCCGCCAUGCUUGAGUGGAGUCCAUCCUGACUUCCCAGUCACUGCACCAGGCACCUUCCCAACAGCAGAUCCUAGCAGCUGGCCAGGACACAGCCUUCAUCAGACUGCCCCACCUCCUCCCUCUACUGCAUCAGAAUCCUGGCAUUAUCCUUUAGCAUCUCAGGUUAGCCCUUCAUAUGCGCACAUGCAUGAUGUGUACAUGCAUCACCAUCACCCCCAUCCACACAUGCAUCAUCACCAUCCGAGCUCUCACCUUGACCCACGGUAUGGAUCCCUAUUGAUGCCUUCAGUACGUGCAGCCAGGAUUCCUGCUCCACAGUGUGACAUGACAAAGACAGAUCCUACUACUGUCACCAGUGCUACCUCAGCAUGGGCUGGAGCCUUUCACGGAACAGUGGACAUCGUGCCAAGCUUCGGGUUUGACACAGGUCUACAGCAUCAGGACAAGAGCAAGGAAUCUUCUUGGUUCUGAAGAUCAGAUGCAUCUUAGCACCAGCUAGUGUCCCCACAGCUGGGAUGAUGAUAUUGAAACUGUUGACUGUUUCUGCAUGGGGGCAGAGGACACACCGCUAAGGAGAAGAUGAAGAGCCAGUCAUUCUGGUUUUGCUAUUGAGCCUUUUCUUUGGCAGGCCACUUCUGGGUCCCAGAACAUAGAAGAAAAAAAACUUGUUUUUCUUUCUUUCCUCAUCUGAGCCUGCUGCAGCUGUGCAACCUAACUCCGUUUUGCUCCUUUAACAGUGUUUUGUUUUGUUCAUUCUGGUGGGUUUUUUUGUGCACAGCCUUGAUUGUAGGGAAAAGACUGUGCCUUGACUACAGUGCUCAUCCUUGCAGGAAUAGAGUUUUUGUAGCUCUUUGUGUGUCUAUUUUUGUAGAAAUACAGAAAGUUUGGGUAAGAAUUGGUGGACUAUUUUAGGAUGCCAUAUUUUUUUAAAAAAAUUGUUAAAUUGUUAAGUUCUGUUUAAAGAACUUGCUCUCAGAGAAGCACUGGCAAAAAAUGUAUAAAAUGCUUAUUUUUAGAUGUUUGUAUUUGUGUGUUUGUUUUGUUACCUCAAUUGUCUUUUUUUAAAGAGCAAACCCUUUGCUAGUCCAAUCCUUCAUUGUUUCCGUUUUGCAAGAUUUUGCAUUUUCGUCCUUUAUUCUAGCUUAAACAGCUAUAGUUUACUCUUAACAUUUCUACUAAAUAUUUUUCCUGCCUAAUUGUAGAAAUGGUGUCUAUAUUUUCUUUUUCUUGCUUCUGAAAAUGGCUUUGUGCUGUGCUGACUAUGAGAAGAAAUGUGUGAAACCUUUAGCAUGGGGCAAAGUCUGCCUUUAUUAUAGGAUCUAUAUUCUCAACCCAUUCAUUCUUUCAAAAUGGACCAAAUAUUUAUAUGGACUUAAAGGAGAAAAUGAGCCUGGGCCUGACCCAGUUUCCAUCGAAGUGAAUGGAAAAUCUCUCAUUGACAUCCAUGGACUCUGGAUCAGGCCCUCUUUCUGUGAUAACCAUCCACAAAUUGGUAUUUUCAUUUCCAAUAAUUUUGGGAGGCAGGAGUUUUAGUUUAGGCCAUUUGAAGAGUGAUUUUUUUUUUCACGUGAACAUUCAAGGAUAAAAUACAGGUUUUGCAAAAAGCUACAACUCGUGGAAACAAAGUGUUUUCAUAAGGCCAGAUCUUGCAAUUUGCUGAAUAGCUUGUAUGAGUUGCUUGAGUGCCUUCAGCUCCUAUUGAAUUCAACUUGGGCUGAAGUUUUCAAAAGUUGGCCUCCGAUCUCUGGUCCCUCAUUGUUUGGUUGCCCAACCUUAGACAUGUUAGGGACUGAAUCUGAUCGCCUGCAGCUCCUAUGGACUUCAUGGGCAGUUGUGAAUUUUUAGCCUUGGGCUAUCCAUUUAAGAAUCCACUCUGAGAUAACUUUUUGAUAAUUUUAACCACAGAAGUUUGCAAGAGGAUUGCUGGAUUGGACCUGAUCCAGAAGCCCCUCCCCCUCCCACACGAGAUGUUCUUUGGAAGCCAGUGUGAGUAAGGACUAAUUCCAUGAAUAAGGGCUGUAGCAUUGCAUAUUUAAAAAAACAAAAAACAAAAAAACAAUCCUGCAAUUAGCUUGGUGAAGGUGGAGCUAUGCACAGAGCUCCCUUGACUUCAGUGGGGUUUUUAUAGGGUCAGGAGUCUGCCUGUGUAGUGCUAACUGCAGGAUGAGGGCUGAAGUUGGUAAUGUAGUAAUUGUUUGGAAAUGUUGCCUCUUUGCUCCAUUCAGUUUUUACCAUAUAUAUUUAAGCUUUCUCUCAUUUUUCAAAAUAUUCCUAUCAUGUAUUCUAUUUUUGCUACCACCAUUCCCAGCCAAAACAUUCAAAAGAUGAACAAAAAUAAUCUAUGUGUGAUCAGUACUGAGAGAGAGGCUGACUUGUCUUCAGGGCAGUGAACAUCUUAAAUGUGGGGUUUACAAGUGCAGAGGACCCACAACUCCAAGUGAAGUGAAUGGGAGCUGUAUGUGCUCAACCUUCUGAAGUUCAGUUCUAUAUCUUGAUGAGAUAACCUUCCUCUACGCUCUUAGGACCUGGUGCUCUGAGGUGCUGAGCAUUUUCCACUCCCAUGGAAGCUAGCUGGAAAUGGAGGCACUCAGAAUCUCAGAAUUAAGCCCUUAAUGCGAAAGCACACGUUUUGCUGAUUUGGGGCAUUAGGCCCAAUUUUUUAAUGGUAGUUAGGCAUUGCAAUGCCUAAAGAUCUGAGCCCCAAUUACAACAUCCUUAACUCCUUCCUACUAUCUCCCUUAAUCAUUAACAUUUUUUUCCUGAUACUGAACUUCACUCCCACUAUAUUCUCAUAGCAGUGCUGCUCUCCUGGGGGAGCUGGUUUCUUUGUUGCUCAACGGGUUAGUUAGCAACGGGAAAACCUCAAGGAUAGGAAGCUAGCAUAAGCUUCUAAAAGUUUGGCUACUUAUAGGAAAAUUGUAGUUCAAGGAAUACUGCAAGAUCAGACUCCUUUGUGACAGUGCCAGAAAGUCCUGGGUUUGGCUUUGCUGGAAAUGGUGAAAAACAGUUUUUCGUAGAUUUGGCUAGGCCUGCAAGGGAAAGGUUCUAACCAAACCUUUUGAACUAAAAACAAACCAAAAAAAAAAGUUCCUUUUUGAAUUUUGGUCAGUUCUUAUUGUAUCUGAAUUGGCUCACCUGUUUCUAGUAAUAGUGGCCAAUUGAUUGCUCUCUGCUUUGCAACAACAGAGCAUGGAAGGACCUGUUCCUGUUCCCAUUGAACUCCCAAUGACUAAAAAGACAGUAUGGCAAGGUCCAAAGUUUCUGUUCAAAUCUCAAUUAGUGUUGUUUUUAAAUGAGAUGUGAAUGAGUGAAGAUCCUAUCAUCUCCUGCUUCCACCAUAAGGGCUGUUCCCACUGGCUAAACCUGAGAAUAAGUCUAAAGUACUUCUGCCGCUCUGCAGGGUCAGGUAGACAGAGUGCCAAUAAAAACGCGCUACUGGUGUAACCGUUAAUGCAUCCAAUCAAUUGACUUAAAGGUUUAUUACAUUUUUCUCCCUGUUAAAUUUGAUUUCACUAGCAACUAAACUGACCUUUGCUAAGAAAUUAGCUGAAAAAAAAAUGAAACCAAAGCUGUAGUAAUGUGGUUGCUCGUAUAUUCUAAAACUUGAAGGACAGGAACAAAUCUUCCACAUGACAAACCUUUACAGUUGAAGUCAGCAGAUUUACUCCACCAAAAAAAAAAAAAAAAAGAAAAGAAAAGAAAAAGGGCUUAUGAGAAGCAGAUGUUGGGUUGAUAUCCAUUCCUGAAGGAACAGAUUCUGUACUCGCAACAUUUCAGUUUGAGAGUACUGAUGGCAGUGAAAAUAAAAGGGAAAGGUUCUGACUGACUGCUUUUGGGGCAUAAGAGAAAAGGUCUGUAAAAACAGGGCUCAAUCAGUCCACAAGUCUUAAUACACUGCAAAAGGAAUCAUCUCAUUGCAUAUAUGUUAAAUUCUACUGCCCUCCAGGGAAAAUGGAAGAUUUAUUUUGUGAGGGCCUGUACUAACAUAAUAUACUUUGUUACUAUUUCCAUGAGGAGAUGCCGAAAUGAUUUUGAUUACAAACAAUCAAAUUUUUAUUAUAAAGUACUUAACUCUUUUUGUAGAGGUUUCUACCUACUGAGUUAUCUGGGGUCUGAUCCUACCGCCUGCAAAGUAAACUAGACCACUCUCACAGUAGGAACAGGACCUGUCAACCAGAUUGAACCAUUCCUGAGACUCUGUUUUGUCCAUUAGUUUUGAAGCAGAACUCCCCAAUAGUUUUAAUAAGGGCGUUUCCAGCUUAAAAACUGAUGGUACAAUAUGGCCCUUAGUUACACAGCAGACACAGUUGUUGGAGAUUUUGAAUACAUUUCUCCUGGUAGGAGACCUACUUUUGUUCUGAUUCUUCAGAUUUUUCAGUACUAGAAACAUAAUUCUGCAAGGUAAUCAGAAAGAGAGAGAGGGUUUUAUAGCAUGGAAAUCUUCUUGGAUGUUGUCUCCCCCCGCUUUUUUAAAAAAAAUACAUAGUUUCUUCCUCAAAACAUGCUUUAUAAAGAACACUAUCUUUUCCCAUAUUUUUUGGAGUUGUUAUACAAGAUUUUUUCUCCCCUUCCCCUCCCCUCACUUCCUCUCGAAAUUAAUUGGAAUUGUAUGGUAAAUCCCAUCUGACUCUGAAUAUUUAGGCAUUUGCAUUUCAUUAUGUUCUCCAUGACCUCAGGGUUGUGUGAAUUUUUUUUGUCUGUACAAAAGGCUUUCAAAUGCUCUUGAUAAACCCUGGUUGGCUGUACCUACAAAUGUGACCAGGCAGUCAGCAGGUGUAUAUAAACAGAGGUGCAAUGUGUUUUCAUGUGGUGGACAAGUGAUAACUGCUGAUGAUGGAUCAUUCUGCUCACUUCAGGCACAAUUCUUUCUUCUUAGGCAUAGAGCAUUAAUUUAGAUUUCUGUUAAACAGAUACUUUUUAUAAAGAUUUUCGAUUUUUUU